AUGGCAUCAAGCAUACCACACAGCGUGUUCCGCCCCGGCGCGACAGCACUGAUCACCGGAGCAGCAUCAGCGCAGCUCUCGCAGGCAACAGCGGAGCUAACCCCAAGCAAGGGAUCCUCCACCUCCACACAAGUGAUAAGUGCGCACAAUCUCGACGUAGCCUCGCCGACAGCCUGGCGCGCCCUAAUGCCGACGAUCCAGUCGCAGCACCCGAACGGCAUCGACCUGCUCAUGCUCAACGCAGGCGCGGGCUUCCCGCCGCGCCAGCCCGACAACUGGUGGACCACACCGAAUACUUCGAGCGCAGCUUAG